CUGAAUAAGUCAUAUAUAAAGUACAGUGAUUUUUGUACAAAUUUAACAUUAUUUUUCAAAUUGAUAAGUUUCUGCAGACAAGAUCAUUGACAUAGUUUAAGAGAAUUUAUAUUAUUUCGUGGUAUUGAGAGAAUAUGUUAAUUCAACUUUUAUUAAUUACUUUUGCGUUUGUCGUUGAUGUCGAAUUAUAUGUUUUGAAUAAAUCAAAUAAUGUCUGUGAUUCGGAGGAAUGCAGGAAUGCAGCAAAUCUCAUCAUAAACGGUAUAAAUAAAACGGCAGAUCCGUGCAAUGAUUUUUAUAAUUAUGCUUGUGGUUCAUAUCCCACCAAUUAUCCUGUUCCUGAAGGAAAAUUAUUCUGGGAUAACCGUCAAAGAGUGACGAAAGAUGUUCGGGAUGCAUUGAUAAAAAUUCUGCAAGAAGAACCAAAACCCGAAGACAGUGUUCCAUUGUCUAUAGAAAAGAAAUUGUUCAAAGCCUGUAUGGACGAAGAAAGAAUUGAACGAAAAGGUAUAGAAGGACUCUCGAAAAUCAUAGAAGGUUCAGGUGGUUGGCCAAUGGUUAUGGAAGAAAAUAAAUGGAAGGAGGCAGAUUUUCCCUGGCAGAAAGUUAUGCAAGGAUAUAUUCAGCAAGAUGUUAAAACUCCGUUUUUUGGGAUAGGUUUUACUCCAGAUUCGAAGAAUUCCAGUAUUAAACGUAUAGCCUUAAAGAAGUCAAAAGGUGGCGACUUUUUAGAACAUGAAAUGUUUAAAAGAAUAUUUAAAUCAUUUGAAGAUGAAUUUGGCGAUUUUAUUACAUAUUUUGUAGUACUCGAGAAUAUUCUUCAAUUGCCAGGGUAUUAUGCAAGGAAUACUCCAAAUUACACUUAUGAUGGAGAAUUUAAUGGAAAAUCUCAAAUUAUGUUGUCCUUCAUGAGUGAAUUCAACUCGAUCGAAGCCUCCUAUAGUGAAGAAGAAGAAAAUAAAAUGACUAUUAGAGAAUUCCAAAAUUAUUAUGAUCGUAAUAAUUCAACGAAAAAUACAUCGGAGAUAAACUGGCUUGAAAUGAUUCGAGCGUUUUCAAGAGGCUCUAAAUUGAAUAUUGAUGAUUCUGAAGAAAUUGUAAUUAUGGGGGAUAAAUCGUACUUUGAUGCAUUAUUUAAACUUUUAGAUAAAACCCCUCACGAUGAGAUUGUUAAUUAUUUGCAAUGGAAUUUCAUGACAAGCCACCUUCUGUAUUCAAAUAAAUUCCUCAGAGAUUUCGCCAACGGAAUAGCACUAGCUAUAACAAAAGUUCCACUAGUGCCUGAAAAAAGAACCGAACAAUGCGGAGAUCAAAUGUUGUUAACUGAUGGAGUUUCAAAGGAGUAUUUGAAACGAAGUUUUCCUAUUAGUGUUUCUGAAACUGUUAAAGAAGCAGCCGAAGAUAUUCGCAAUGAACUUGAUAGUGGUAUAUCAAAAGCAAAUUGGAUGGAUGCGACAGCAAAAUUAUUGACUAAAGAAAAAUUGAGAGCAAUGAAAAUACACACCGGCUAUCCUGCAUAUUAUGACGAAAAAAAUUUUAAUAAGAUUUACGACGGUCUCGAAGUUGGCUUGGAUCAUUUUGAUAAUGUGAUGAAAAUUAAGGAAUUUGAGAGAAUUCUAGACGCGAAUGAAUUGAGAGAACCAUUUAAAGGAAAUGAGUGGUUUAUGGAACCUCUGGACGCUAAUGCUUAUUAUUAUCUUGCUGGCAACAGUUUAACCAUUCCAGCCGGAAUCUUAUUUCCUACAAUUUAUAAUAACAAAGAGUUAAUGUUAUCGAAUUAUGGUUCUUUUGGAUUUGUUAUUGGACACGAAAUGUCUCACGGUUUUGAUACGAAUGGGUACAAGUAUGACAAACAAGGUAAUGUCGGUUCUUUGUGGUCCGAUAAAGUUGAGAAGGAAUUCAAGAAAAAGGCCGAAUGUUUCGUAAAACAAUACAAUAAUUAUGGGGUAAACGGAGAAUUGACACAAUCCGAAAAUAUUGCCGAUGGCUUAGGACUCAAUGUUGCUUAUGCAGCAUUCCUCAAAAAAGCAGAAAGAUUCAGAGAUAUUAAAUUACCAAAUUUGGAAAAUGUUACUCCAAAUCAAUUGUUUUUCUUGAAUUUCGCCAAUAGUUUUUGUGAAAGUACGACUAAAUUUUAUGAUAAAGAAUCUGAGAAAGAUGUUCAUACGAAAACGUCUGUGAGAAUAAAUGGAGCCGUUGCUAAUGUUAGAGGAUUUGCUGAAGCUUUUCAAUGUUCGGGAAAUAGUCCUAUGAAUCCAAUCAAAAGAUGUAUUGUUAUGGAAUAAUUAUUUAUUUACAGGAGGAAAGAAAAAAAAUUUCUAUUUACAAAAAAUAAAUGGAAUUAUAUGAAACUUUAAUUGUAAUUAUAUAAAUAAAAGAUGUUUUGAUUCUUCUGUUUGGCCUCAUGGCCAAACAGAAGAAUCAAAACAUCUUUUAUGGCUUCGAAAAAUAUUGAAUUUAAUUGUAAUUAAUACUAUACCAAUAAAGGUGGUUUUUACUAUAUUUCACUAA